AUGUCUGACAACCAACAAAAUAAGAGGAGAAACAGAGAAGGUUGUGGAAGUGUUGUUGCUGUUCAGAAUGCAGAUAAGAUAAUGAAAGGAAUGCAUCAGUCAUACAAAAUUCUAGGAAAAAACAGUGAUUUCAGCUUUCUGCUGCAGGCCUCAUGCCCGGAAUCCAACAUUUCAAAAUCAUUUAUGGAUUUGGAUGCUUUUCAGAUAACAAAAGCACAAAUACAACAAAGGUUACAUAUAACAAUGCUAAAAACCAGGAACAAGAGAUCUGAGUUUCGUUUGCCACCAGUGACAUUUCAGCCUGUAAGAACGAUUCAUCUUGCUCCUCUAGAAGAUAAUGUUGUCAAUGAAAGCACCAACAUCAGAAAUAUUUUUAAUAUUAUGAACUCUAUUCCUCAGCCUAUAAAAGCAGUUACUAAAUUUUAUCAGUAUCAGUUAGACAAUCUGUUAAAAAGGCAAACUGAAAAGUCAUCAAACCUGAUCGUGGCUACUCUUUCUGAUAAAUUCACUCCAAUGAAAGACCUGUACUACUUCAGCAUGAGUAACUAUUUUAAGUACCCUACCAACAAGAAAGAAGAAAUUCAAAGCAAUUUGAAAUGGAAGGAAGCUGAUGCAGCCACCAGUACUGAACAGAAUGACCAGAUGAAGUACCAGUUUUCAGUGGCUUCUAAGAACCUUAUGACCCAAGCCAGUUUCUGUGAUGAUAGUCAUCCCUACUUGAGCUCAAGUACUGCUCUGAUAAACUGUGACAUAUUUACAGUUCAGACAACAUUUACAGUGUCAAGCAACACAGAUGCCUCGAGAGCUGGCAGUAAGGAUAAAAGAGCAGAGAAUUCCUGUAGAACUGGCCUAGAAGGAGGAAAUGCAACAGAGGUGAUACUGCAUUAUAGAGCACAGGAAGAUGCUGAGAGUGCGAACUUUCUGCUUGACAAUCAUGAUUUAGCUUCUUCCUGUGAAAAUGAAGUGAUAGAGGCCUACUAUGCCUUAGAAGAUAAUUCUGUAGCUGCAGUAAUUCCCAGAGUAGAAGUGCAAGAUCAUCCUGAAAAACAGACAGAAAAUAACGUUUGUCUCUUUGACUCUGAAAUAGAAAAAGAAGCAACAUCAGAAGCAGCUUCAAAAGACCAAAGUGAGCUUGUACCUGUUGUUCAUGUUACAUUCUCUGAACAAGAACCAGCUAUGGAACGACACAUUACUAAACAACCUGCCACAAAAAAGGGUAUCAUUCGUAGCCUGCCUCCUCAUGUUACUCAGAGCUUCAACAUUCUCGCUCGCAAAGAAAACGACAAAAGUAAAAUAAAGAUGAAGAGAAAUAAAUAUUCAUCAAAGUCUAAAACGAGUAUCAAGAUAAAGAAAUCUGAAGACUUAAUAGUUUCUGAUGAGAUUUCCAGAAAAUGUAAUGCUAAGAGUCAGAUUUUUCCAUCUUUGAAACUGCCACAUGUAGAGUCUGAGAUUUCCCUGAAGUGUCAAAAAAAGACCCCUCCAGCAGACAAAUGCCAUUUUGCUCAGAAACCUAAAAAGCAAAGUUUCUCCUGCAGUUGCAAAAAUUCAGUUAUCUUAAAGAAACCUGUUACUCCACUUUCUCUACCACAUGGACAGUCUGCUUCAGAUUUUGUUCAUCUGAAAUACAGUGACAUGUUCAAGAAAAUAAAUUCAAAUGAUGAAGGCCCGGGUAUUUAUGAAAUGUUUGGAACUCCUGUCUAUUCCCACACACGUGAGCUCAAUCAACGUGAGAACAGUUUUUGUAGAGAAGUUUGUUCUGCUCCAUCUGGGAGCUGCACUGCUAGCACUUGCAGAUCUACCUGCAGUAAAGGGAGAGAGAACAGCCGAGUAAGAAAUACUCAAAAGAGAACCUGUUCUAAGCCAAAGAAGACCGUACCUGUCACUAAACAAAAGCAGAAAGGUUUAAUUCCAAAGGACAGAAGUACCAAGUUGAGGGACAGCAACACAGAGCAAGAUAAUGGAAUAACUUCUGAUUCAGGUUGUCAAAUAAACACUUCAAGGAGCAUGACAUUGUUGAAUGAAGACACAGAUCAUCAGCUUACAUUUUUAGAAGAGCUUUCACAAUCAACUAAGCAAAAUAUUUUUGUUUCAAAUUCAAAUUUAUCAACUAUUAAAGAAGGUUCUUUGGAGCAUGCUUUAGACAGCCAGGAUAUAUCCAGCCAUCAGAAAUCUAUCUGUAGCCAGAAUGUUCUUCAGUUCAGUGAUGAAGACUACGGAGAAUGUGUUGCUCUAAGCAGCAGUCUACUAACAACAGACCAGACCAUUUGUGUACCCCAGUGCAGGAUGGAUAUGGAUGGCUGCAAAAGCCUGGAAUCAGACCAGCCCUCCUUCAAGUCUAUAAAUAAAUGUGAAGCUUUGCCCUUUUCAGAUAAACUGGAAUGUCAAUCCCCUACAAAAAAAUUAAAUUGCAGUUGGGCAUACACACCUCAAAACAGUGGUUUGGCAAAUGAAUUGACUCAGCCUUCAGUGAUUCAGACAAAAAAUAUUACAAGCCCCAGUUUCCAGACAAGUCAAAACACUUUGUCCUGGGCAGAUAAUAAGGAUGUGAGUGAUGAGUUACUUUGUUGUCUGGACAAAGAAUUGCUAAUGCUUGAAGAAAAAGACAUCAACUCUUCAACAACAAAAAAUACAGGUUCUAAACUGCAAAACACACAUACUAAAGAAGAAGAAAAUACGAUGAAUGGAGAUGGAGCAAUAGUAAAUAGUGCUCUAGAGAAGAGUUACAGUAAAGCCUCUUUGACAUCAAGUGAAGAAAGUGCCCUGUUAAAUUUUGAGGAAUCUACUAAAUUACCAGGAAGCAGUUUAACUAACAAAGACCCUAUCACGUGGACAAGAGGUGAAGUCCUCGGAAAGGGAGCCUAUGGCACAGUAUACUGCGGUCUGACAAGCCAGGGACAAUUAAUAGCUGUAAAACAGGUUGUUUUGGAUACAUCAGAUCAACUCACUACAGAAAAGGAAUAUCAGAAGUUUCAUGAGGAAGUUGAUCUUUUGAAGACAUUGAAGCAUGUCAAUAUUGUAACUUAUUUAGGAACUUGUCUGGAAGACAACAUUUUAAGCAUUUUUAUGGAGUUUGUUCCUGGUGGCUCAAUUUCUAGUAUUAUUAAUCGUUUUGGUCCAUUGCCAGAAAUUGUCCUUUGUAAAUAUACAAAACAAAUUCUACAAGGGGUUGCCUAUUUACAUACCAAUUGUGUGGUACAUAGAGAUAUCAAAGGCAAUAAUGUUAUGCUCAUGCCCAAUGGUAUAGUAAAGCUAAUCGACUUUGGCUGUGCCAGGCGUUUAGCCUGGGUGAGCCUCAGUGGCACACAGAGCGAGACACUCAAGUCUGUGCAUGGGACUCCAUACUGGAUGGCACCAGAAGUUAUAAAUGAAUCUGGAUAUGGAAGAAAAUCAGACAUCUGGAGCAUUGGCUGCACCGUAUUUGAGAUGGCAACAGGAAAACCACCGCUGGCUUCCAUGGACAGGAUAGCAGCCAUGUUCUAUAUUGGGGCUCACAGGGGACUGAUGCCUUCCCUGCCUGAUCGAUUCUCCGGUACUGCAGUGGAUUUUGUGCACGCAUGCUUAACCAGAGAUCAACAUGAACGCCCUUCUGCUCUGCAGUUGCUGGACCAUCCCUUUGUGAAAGGAAGCCAAUGA